CGUUUUAGGGUUCUUGGGCUAGGUUUCUUGGCGCAUCGCGCUCCCGGCCACGAUGUCGCUCUCCAAGAGCUCCAAGAUGCUCAACUACAUCAACUACAGGAUGCGGGUAACGAUCCAGGACGGGCGGCAGCUGGUGGGCAAGUUCAUGGCCUUCGAUCGCCACAUGAACUUCGUGCUGGGCGACACGGAGGAGUUCCGGCGGCUACCGCCCAAGAAGGGCGCGGGCAAGCAGCAGGGCGGCGAGGAGCGAGAGGAUCGGCGGACGCUCGGCCUGAUCCUCCUGCGCGGCGAGGAGGUAGUGUCCAUGACAGUGGAGGGGCCGCCGCCACAGGAGCAGUCCAAGGGGGCGGGGAUCGCGCCGCCAGGGCAAGGAAUGGGGCGCGCGGCCGGGCGGGGGAUGCCGAUGCCCAUGGCGGCGCAGCCGGGGCUAGCGGGGCCUGGGCGGGGCGUGGGCGGCCCAGCUCCCGGUCUGAUGCGGCCGCCACCCACGGUCUCGGCGGGGCCGGUGACGUAUCCUCCUCCACAGCGGCCGCCGCCCAUGACCCCGGGGGUGAUCCGGCCGGGGAUGGCGCCGUUUGGGCAGCGGCCGAUGGCUCCUCCGCCGAUGAUGCGGCCCGGGGGUCCGCCGCCAGCCAUGGGAGCGCCGCCGCGGCCCGGGAUGCCGCCGCCCAAUUUCGCUGGAGGUGCGCCGCCCAGGCCUGGAGGGCCGCCGGUGUUCCCUGGGAGGCCGCCGGUUAUGCAGCCUCCACCGCAGUGAGAGGAAGGAUUGGACGUGGAAUGGAUUGGAGUGGCAGUGGCGAUCACUUGAGGAUGAUUGUAAGUUUUUUCUUGUUCUUCUCUUGGGCUGGACGGUGUUUGAUGGUACUCUUGUUUAAGGCAGAGCUAUGUAGCUAAAGAAAAAAGAAAAUUCACUUCUCGACUAAUGCAAGACUAUAGCUUCAACGAGGAACAGCCGAGUUACAGAGUUAAGUUCUUCUCGAAGAGCUCCUUACUAGUGUAUCAAUGGAUCGAUGUUUUGUUUCUCUUGUUUCUCUUUACUACGACGCAGAGCUCCUCUUGUUCUUCCUAUCCUAAUGUAUCAAUGGUUUCACUAAGUUCUUCUA